AUGCAGCAACCAAGGAAGAAAAUGAGCAAUUACAACCAGCCGGUAGUUAACUACAGGCCGUGCCGGUUCGAAAGCAGCCUCCCCCAAAUUCCCCCCAACACAGCGAGGUCAGCUAGGCGCACACACCGACAUCUGCUCCGCGUAUCUCGGCGUUCUGUGGCGGGGGAAAACGGGGGGAAAGCCCAGCCUUGUGCGCGCCGCCGCCGUGCCCGGGCCCUGCGUGCGCCCCGGGGCUGCGAGCGGCGCCGGAGGAGCCGGGCUGCGGCCGCCUCAGCGCUCCGCGCCGGUUCGCGGGCGGCUACGCGGACACCGCGGGAGCGGCAAGGCACCGCCGGCUGCUGCCCCCGGCCCCCAGCCCCUCGUUCGGCAGCCCCACCGCGCACCGGCCGGGCUGAUGCCACUCGCCCACCUCCGAGCCCCGUCCUUCUCCCGGGGACUGGGCUGCCGCUGUUUCAUCUCCCUGCGUGCAGCAGGACAAAACGGGAAACGGCUGCAGGAAAAGCCAAGCAAGGGACGUGCCUUGCCCGCCGGCCGGAGGCGCAGCCCCCAGCGUGCAGCCGCCCCCCGCAGCCCCGGGAGCGGCCGCCGCAGCACGGCACAGCCUCGCCUUACCUCCCCGCCCCGGCUCCGGGGAUGCGCCGCAGCUGCUGCCGUGUCCGCCCCCACCUGCGCCGUCCCUCCCAGCCCGGCGCUCAGGUGCGGAGAGAGCACAAAGGCAGCGCUGCGGCGCGCUGGGGGCAGCGGGCUCUCCCCCACCGAGCCCCCGGCCCCGCUGCACCGGAGCCCCGCUCCCGCCGCCGGCUUCCCCUCCCCUGCCGGCACCGAGCGCCAGCCCACCUCAGCCCGCUGCGGGUGCCCCCCCCAUCCCCCCCCCCGCCCGAAACCGUGCAACUUGCCCCUCGAAAGCCCCCUCGCCAAUCCCCCGUGCUGAGCUUGGUACCGGCACUACGGAGCGCCCCGCAGCCUGAGGAAGUUCCCCGGUCCUGCGGAGAGCUGAGGGGGACACACCCCCCCACGUACCCCCCACCACUGACACCCCUCGGGCUCGCCCCGCUCCGCUGCGCCGACAGACACGUACGGGCAGCCCCCACAACGCCGGGGGUGCGGACCCAGCGCCCGGUGCUCGCCAGACAGGGCGGCCGCUGCCCCCAGCCCCGUCGCCGCUGGAUGCGUGUCAGAUGUACAAUUUCUUGCACUGAGGAUUGCAGCUCAAAAAAUGUAACUGCAGAACCAGCAGCCAGUAGUAAUGAUGAUUUGUCAGUAAACUCUGCAAGUGGGAACAGAACCUCUGCAGGUGGAAGAGUGAUCAGGGCUGCAUCACUCGCUGAUGAGACAAGAGGAUCCAGCCCAAUUUAUGAUCUCACAGCAGAAUCCAUUGGUGUGACUUCUGUCAUCUUAAAGUGGAUGGUGGAUGACAGCGCUUCCAACCCCUACACAUACAGAAUAGAGGUUGUAAAUAAUACAUUUGUGAAGAACUGGACAUCCAGUGAAACCAAAGCAGAAAUUACUGAGUUAAUCCCUGGGAGCCUGUACAACUUCACAGUAUUUCCUAUAGCAGAAGAUAAUGAGACAGAAGGAGUAUCCAUAAGCCUGUAUACAAGGCCCAGCCCGGUUGUUGAUCUCAAGGCAGAAUCCAUUGGUGUGACUUCUGUCAUCUUAAAAUGGGUGGCGGAUGACAGCGCUUCCAACCCCUACACAUACAGGAUAGAGGUUGUAAAUGAUACAUUUGUGAAGAACCUGACAUCCAGUAACACCAGAGCAGAAAUUACUGAGUUAAUCCCUGGGAGCCUGUACAACUUCACAGUAUUUGCUGUAGCAGCUGAUAAAGAGACAGAAGGAGAAGGAAGGUCCACAGGCCUGUAUACAAGGCCCAGCCCGGUUGUUGAUCUCAAGGCAGAAUCCAUUGGUGUGACUUCUGUCAUCUUAAAAUGGGUGGCGAAUGACAGCCCUUCCAACCCCUACACGUACAGGAUAGAGGUUGUAAAUGAUACAUUUGUGAAGAACUGGACAUUCAGUGACACCAAAGCAGAAAUUACUGAGUUAAUCCCUGGGAGCCUGUACAACUUCACAGUAUUUGCUGUAGCAGCUGAUAACGAGACAGAAGGAGAAGGAAGGUCCAUAGACCUGUAUACAAGGCCCAGCCCGGUUGUUGAUCUCAAGGCAGAAUCCAUUGGUGUGACUUCUGUCAUCUUAAAAUGGGUGGCGGAUGACAGCGCUUCCAACUCCUACACAUACAGGAUAGAGGUUGUAAAUGAUACAUUUGUGGAGAACCUGACAUCCAGUAACACCAGAGCAGAAAUUACUGAGUUAAUCCCUGGGAGCCUGUACAACUUCACAGUAUUUGCUGUAGCAGCUGAUAACGAGACAGAAGGAGAAGGAAGGUCCAUAGACCUGUAUACAAGGCCCAGCCCGGUUGUUGAUCUCAAGGCAGAAUCCAUUGGUGUAACUUCUGUCAUCUUAAAAUGGGUGGCGGAUGACAGCGCUUCCAACUCCUACACAUACAGGAUAGAGGUUGUAAAUGGUACAUUUGUGAAGAACUGGACAUUCAGUGAAACCAAAGCAGAAAUUACUGAGUUAAUCCCUGGGAGCCUGUACAACUUCACAGUAUUUGCUGUAGCAGCUGAUAACGAGACAGAAGGAGAAGGAAGGUCCAUAGACCUGUAUACAAUAACUCUCUCAGUGAAUUCAUUUCAGUGUGAACCAGUGGCCAAGCAGCCUUUCCUAACGCUGAAGUGGAAAUGUCCUUUUGGUAACAACUCUGGCUUCAGAAUUAGUAUAUCUAAUAUAAAUACUUCAGAGGAAGAAUUGGCUCCACGCUGCACAGUAGAAGGCUUUGAGCAAACCUUCCAAACAGCACAUUUAAAUUUUUUCAGUACCUACAAUGUUACUAUCAUAACUCUUUCAAGUGGCUCUGAAAGCUCUCCAGUGGACAACUUGUGUCACACCAGCAUUACUGACCCACCUCCGCCAACCGAAGUUCCUUCAGUCAAGGUCGUCAGUCACAGCUCGUUGUCUGUUGAAUUCUCUGAUUUUGAUCCACUGAAUGGUCCAUUAGAAGCCUAUGCAAUAAUGAUUACAACAGAAGAUCAAAGUUCUGAGUCUUUGAAGUCUAAAUUGAACAACACAUACAAAGAUUUCAAGAAGAAGAAGACAACUGCCUAUGUUACGUAUGUCAUAAAAACAGAGCAGGCAGAAUCACAUUCUUCCCAUUCUCAGAAUGGUAAAAACAUCAUUAGUGUAGGCAAGGGAAACACAAUGCAUGGCUAUGAAAAUGGACCAUUGAUCCCUCUUCGUUCCUACAGGGCAUGUGUUGCAGGUUUCACUAAUAUAACCUUUAUGGCUGACGUGAUUGAGGGGAAAGAUAGUUAUGUGUCAUUUUCACCCUGUUCUGAACCUGUUUUACUACCCCAGGAUCCAGGUGUUAUUGCUGGAGUGGUUAUUGGAUGCCUCUUGGCUAUCUUUGCUGUAGUUGCUAUAGGGGGAUUCAUAUUCUGGAGAAGGAGAAGGAAAGAUAAAAGAAAUACUGAGGUGUCUUUUUCUCCAAUUAAAAUCAAGAAAUCAAAAAUGAUUAAAGUGGAGAACUUUGAGUCAUACUUUAAGAAGCAGCAAGCUGACUCCAACUGUGGUUUUGCUGAAGAGUAUGAGGAGCUCAAGUCUGCUGGUGUUCAUCAGCCCAAAUUUGCUGCUGAACUUCCUGAGAACAGGGGAAAAAAUAGAUACAACAAUGUCUUACCAUAUGAUAUUUCUCGUGUUAAACUUUCAAAUCAAAGCCCUGGAACUGGUGAUUAUAUUAAUGCAAACUAUAUGCCUGGCUAUAACUCAAAGAAGGCAUUUAUUGCUGCACAGGGUCCGUUACCCAAUACUAUAGAAGACUUCUGGCAAAUGAUUUGGGAAAAGAAUAUCUACUCUAUUGUUAUGUUGACAAAAUGUGUGGAACAAGCCCGGACAAAAUGUGAGCAGUACUGGCCAGACAAACAACCCAAGAGCUAUGGUGACAUUGUUGUGACAAUGGUCUCAGAAGUUGUCCUUCCAGAAUGGACGAUAAGGGACUUCACUGUAGAAAAGUCCAACACCCCUGAGAGCCACACAGUGCGCCAGUUCCAUUUCACCUCCUGGCCGGAUCACGGAGUGCCGGAGACAACAGACCUUCUCAUCAACUUCAGGCACCUUGUUCAUGAGUACAACAGCCAGAAUCCAAUGGACUCUCCUACUCUGGUGCACUGCAGCGCUGGCGUCGGUAGGACGGGGACGUUCAUCGCCAUCGACCGCCUGAUCCAGCAGAUGGAGAUGGAAAACACGGUGGAUGUCUAUGGGGUGGUGUACGACCUCCGCAUGCACCGACCCCUCAUGGUGCAGACUGAGGACCAGUACGUCUUCCUAAACCAGUGUGUCAUGGAUAUCAUUAAAUCCCAGAGAGAGAGGAAAACUGACCUUAUCUACCAGAAUGUGACAGCAAUGGCAAUCUAUGAAAACUUCACACCUGGGCCAGCCUUUGGGAAGGCCAAUGGCUACCACGCAUAGUCCAGAAGGAACCCAGUGCCUCCAGGAGGUGUUACCUGCCCUCAGCAAAGGAAGGUGUCCAACUCGUGUUUUCUGGGAUUGUGCGCAGUGUCUCAUGUCUGGCUCCUCCAGUUCUGUCUGCAUUCAGAGGUGUGAUCUACAGGAGGAGAAACACAAUGCUGGCAGGAGUUGCAGACUGAUGUUAAACAAAACCCAAACAACAGAACCCAAGUGAAACUUUAAGUUAACAGAGGAAUCUUUUUUUUUCCUUGGGAAUUUAACAGUACUGAUAGGUGAAAUAGCAUUUGCAGUAUGAACAGUGAACUAGGAUUUAAAUAUUAAAAUAAUAACACAAGCUUUUUAUUGCAAUUUUAUAUGAUUUAAUUUACAGACACCAGGCUGGUGGGCUGUUUUGAUAUAUUUAAUUAUAAGUUUCAGGAAGAUAUUUUAUCUACUGUAUCUGGUUACUUAGUUAAUAGAUAUGUGCCUCUGUGAUAUAUUUUUUUUCUGUCUUCCUUUUUAUUUAAAAAAGGAGUACAAAUGGCUCCUUCAAAUGGACAUUUAUACUUGGAAAUUGUGCCUUUUCUAGUUGCUACUCUAGAAAAAAAAAAACAGCAGAGAUUUUAUUUUUGUACUGAAACUCUUAAUGAGAACACAGAUUUUUUGAAUAAGGCUUAUGUCAAACUUAACUGUAGUUGCACUGUUGGCAGGACUCUCCAGAAAUUUGGAGGUGAGCUUUGUUUUUGCAUUUCACCACAAAUAUCCCCUGCCUUAAUGUUUCGGUGCCUCUGCCAGAGGAAGAGGAGUGUGGUCUGUCACUCCGAGCUUUAACUGUAGUUAAAAAGAGAGCAAAUGAAUCUGUGAAUGUGUGUGUGGGGGUGUGGAUGAAGGACAGAAUAGCUCCUCCCUGUUCCUGGCUGAUAUUCCUGUUUUUAUACAAUUUAUAAUGAUUUAUUUAAAGGUGCAAUAUAUGAUUUACUGAAUAAUUCUCACUCUAAUAGAGUUUUUCUCAGGUUGGUGUCUUUUUAUCAUUGUUGUUGUUUUUCCUCAAAUAUAUAAAUCUGUGAAAAUGCUGAAACUAAGGUUCCAAGUGUUCGAGCACUCCCAAACGGAUCAGCUGGCUUUACUGUUUCUACCAAAAGACAUUGCACAAAAUUUCUGCUGUAAGGACAAAUUUCUUGGUUGUUUUAGCCAUUCAAAACUGAGACACAUCAUACCUGCCUGCAUCUCACUUAUCCAGUGUAAUUGUUUUGUAAUUAUUUGCAAUAUACUGCUGCUUUUGUUUUGACUGGUCCUUUUAGAAACUGAAGGAACAAGCAGAAAUCCCCCGUUGGCUGAUUUCACAAGUCAAGGAUCAGACUGGAUUUAUUUUGCUGGUACAUAACUGUUAGACUUAGGAAGGCAUUACCAAUGAAGGACUUAGGUAGAUUGGGGUGAGGGGAGGGUGUCUUAUUUUGGUCUUUGGAUCAUUGCACUGGUUGCAUUGCAGUUGAAUAUGAAGUUUAUGAAUAAUGCUAUAGAAUAGCUAUAAAGCAGGGAAAAAAAUCUUAUGAAGGUUUAAUAACCAGAGUCCCUGGAAUUCUGCUGCUUUUUUGUUGUUGUUGUUUUGGGGGUUUUUCUUUGUUUUAGUAGAGUUGUCAGAAAAAGCUGAAGAUGCUAGGAGUAUAUGUGGCUUUACAGUGGAACCUGGCAACCUCACAGGAUCCAAUGUCAGCUAAAGGAGAACAUAGGAAUUCCUGUAACUUUACUGUAACAACUGUAACUUUACAAAUAUCCUGAGGAAUUUUUUUACAACCUGGUGUGAAACUUUGGUGUGCUGUGCGAGCAAAACUGGAGGACAAAGCACAGUGCACUUUUGGUUGUUAGGUUUUGGGGUUUGGUUUUGUUGUUUAUUUUUUGAGUUUUUGGUUUGCUGUUGUUUGUU